UUUCCUUUCCAGCAUAGCCUUAUCUUAGUCUGCACGUUGCUUGUCGGUGACUAAUAGCACAAUAACAUUGUCUCAGGAUAAUAUAAAUUCUUGCUGUUUACAAACUCAAUGGAGGUUCAAUAUAAAAAGGAGGAGGAAUGCAGCUUGGAACAGAAUCUCUUUGGACUUAGAACUAAGAACCUGCUCAUCAUCUGCUAUUGAUUGGACUUAGGAUAACUAAUUCAGCGCAUUUAUCCUUAUUUAUCUAUACUGGAAGAUAGAAUACUUAUAUUUUAUUGUAUUCUUUUUAUUCUAAAUAAAAGGGAAAAGUGACUUUCAAACUAUAUUACAUUUUUUUGGGGAAACUUUUUUUAUUCUUUAUCAUUAUCAAAACAUUUUUACAGAUUUGCAAUGGAUUUACACAUGGUUAUUUAUCUGCUUUUUGUGCUUUUUCAAGGAGCCACUGGAUCAGGGAGCAUUUUUCUCAGUGAAGAUGGUUUACCAACAUCAAAUACUGUGGAAGCUGCUUCUAGUCGUUCCUCUGGCUCCCCCUCUCGACUACGCAGAGUAAAGCGCUGUUCCUGUUCUUCCUUGAUGGAUAAGGAAUGUGUCUACUUUUGCCACCUAGAUAUAAUAUGGAUCAACACUCCCGAGAGGACUGUACCUUAUGGUCUCGGCGGCCCUCGAAUGAGACGGGCAUUACAGGACACAGAUGCAGAAAAACUCCCUGAGUCUACACACAGGUGUUCUUGUGCCAAAAGCAAAGACAAUACAUGUCUGGACUUCUGCCAAUCUGCAGCAAAACUCAGGGUCCAGCAUUCUGGGAAAGAAAUCAGCCCAGCUCAACAGCGUCAGGAGUGCAAUGGUGUUAGAUUUGGAGCGCGGUGCAUUCAGAAACAAUUUAGGAGCAAAAAGUUGCAAAGAUCGGAGGGCAUUGAAUAUACCAUCAAGAGCUCUUUUGCUUUUGCCAAUUUAAUGAGGAAGCUCAGAGCGAUGAAACAAGUGACACAACACUGGACUAACAAAAAGAGAGGGAUUUGGAAUAUGAAGACAACAUCAUAGUGUCAAAUGAACAGCUGAACUGUUGCUAAACUUCUGAAGGUUUUGCUGUCAGUGACUAGUUCUUUGUGCUUAAAGGGCUUCUUAAAGGCUCUAUGUGCUCAAGAAAAAGCUGAAGCAUCAUGAGAACCAACAGAUCAACCGCAGGAUCGAGCAGAUAUAGAGCUACUGCCAACAUAUACCGUUAUGGGAGAGAUGAAAACGUCAUUGACUAUGGAGGACAUUGUUACAGAAGCAUGUUUUGGAAGGAGAACUCAGACCCAAAGCCUGGCUGACUUUUCAAAUAGUUUAAGGCUACUGACAGUGAAACACUGGAACAUAGUAUAGAAAAAUGCCUUAACUGCACAAUGCUGCAUUUGGAGUGGACAGUGAAUGUUUUGCCAUUAAAUGAGAAUAUAUUUCAUGCAUAAAGUAUGUCUACCUCAAUUUUCCCUCCCAAGAGGGAUUCUAUUAUGACACAUUUUUAGCUAUGCCAGUGAAAGCAAAUUUUUGUCUUCAUUUUUUUUUUAAUGUUUCGCUGGAGCUAAUCCCACAUUUUGAUGUCUGCUACCUUACGGAUUUGCUUUGUGACUUGCUGAUAUGGUCACAAAAAGCCGUUUGUAGACUGACAUUAAAGAUGUCUGCCCCAUGUGCUACAAUUUUUGUCAUUGAUUUUGUCAGCAGUAAAACUGUUUGCAUCAAAAUAACCUGCUGUUCUUUUUUUCUACUUAAAUUUAUUAUAUGGAUAUUUUUAAAAUAAAUAUUUAUAUUAUUAUUUGUAAAGUGACUAUAUUUACUGUGUUAAAUAUACCAUUGGACAGGCCACAUUGGUCUAUGCAUGAUUUUUUUGUAUUUCUGUAUGAAAAGUGCCUACAGAUGUUAAACAUGUUAAAAUAAAUAUUUUGUAAUCCUA